GUUGUGGGGUAUCUCUUAUUUAAUUGCACUAUCUUGUUAUUUAUCUGCCUGUUUAUCUGUUACAUAUAAAUUUGUUGUCUUAUUUUAUCUGCCUGUUUAUCUGUUUCAUAUAAAUUUAUUGUCUUAUUUUAGUCAGUCAAGAUAGCAAAUAGAAAUUUAAUUGGGUUAUUCCAGUAAACUAUGAUGGUAUUAUUAUAGAACAGAUCUUCAUUUAGUUCACUGCUAAUAUAUACUUGCAUGUGGUGUUGUGCCAUCGCAAUUUUAUCGAAGUGCAUAGACACAUGUUGGAGUAAAAGGCGCUGGCGGUCUGAGAACUUGUGUUGCGGGUGCACUUAAGUCCCACUACUUGCAAACCGAAAAAAUUCGUCACAGAACUUGCGUUUCGGGCUUAUCUAGGUCACAACCGCCAGUUGGACCGGUCUUCUUCCCGGUUUUCUUCGUUCGCGGUCACGCGAGGCUCACGUGUGAGCUCCUCCUUCCAGAUCCGAACUCGUGGUCGGCGAAAUGGGAGGCGGCGUGGGUGGCAGUGAUGUGGCCUUUGUUGGAGGUGCAGGCGGCGCGGCAACUGUAGGGAGUUCGUCCACGUCUCGCAUCCCGGACUCGCGGAUCUUCCCACAAGAGGUGUGGCAGCGCGGUGAGCCGGAGAUGUGGCCCGAACGCGGCCGCGUUCUCAUCGCUCGCCCUUCUGGCAUGGCGGCGCUCGAGCGGGCGUUCCUGGGGCAUACAUUGUAUGCCGUCAUCAUCGGGCAGCCACGAAGGAAGGUGACGCCGGAGGCACUCGCCGCGGCGGUAAAGUUUGAGUGUGGCAUCCUGCCGUCGGAGAUGACAGUGGAGGUAACCGGCCCACCAUUCCACUUCUUUUUGCGGUUCCAUUCAGUGGAGGAUUGCACUCGUGUGGUGUACGCAUCGGAACAGCUGCGCUGCGGCGGAAGCAGAAUUGGUUUUCAGAGGUUGUCAAGCUGGUCGCGUGGCAAGCCGUCACAGCUGCCGUACAAGACGACGCUUAGUUUGGAGGGGCUACCGGAAGAGGCGUGGGAUGAAGACACUAUAAACCUGGUGCUCGCACGUGUCGACGGCGAGCUCAUCGACAUGCUCCCUUCUACAGACAAGUGGUUGCUGCAUUGCACGGCGUUGCCUGCACCUCCUCUGCAACCUUGGAAGCCAGACUCUGAUGACGAGAAUGCUCAUUCACCGCCGCGUCCGCUCUCUCCAACUGAUCGUCGAUGCAUCGAUUUUACUGUGAUCAUGCAUGUGAAGGAGGUCAUUAACCGUGGGCCAUUGCUAACAGAAGGUUUGGCUGAUGAAUUCCUCCCUCACGAAGGUGUUGAUCUAACACGCAAGCACACAUUUGCAACCUGGCGAGGCAAGAUAGAUGGCAUUGGCCCUGGAACAAAUGGCAAAGCUUAAGAGCACUAUAAUAGUUAUCUUAUUUGAGGUUGUGAUUGUAAUAGCACUGUAAUAGCUAUCUUAUUUGUUUCCUGGCAGACCUUGUUAAAUUAUGCUAAGAAAUGUCUAUUUGGACU